CAACCGCGUCCGCGUGUGGAGCAAGGAAGGCGAGGGGAGCCGAGCGGGCAACCGGCGGCGACAGACAUGGCGGAGCAGCACAAGGAGGAGUCGGGCGUGACAGUGCUGGACAAGAUCUCCGACAAGCUCCACGGGCGCGGGGGCGGCUCGUCUUCGUCGUCGGACUCGGACGACGAGCGCUCGUCGGCGACGGCCGCCGUGAAGGCCAAGAUCUACCGCAUCUUCGGGCGCGAGAAGCCCGUGCACUCCGUCCUCGGCGGCGGCAAGCCGGCCGAUCUGUUUCUAUGGAGGAACAAGAGGAUCUCUGGUGGGGUGCUCGCAGGCGCAACUGCCUUCUGGCUGCUGUUUGAGGUCAUGGAUUACCACCUCCUCACCCUGCUAUGCCACUGCCUCAUCCUCACCCUGGCCAUCCUGUUCCUCUGGUCCAAUGCCACGACUUUCAUCAACAAGUCUCCUCCUAACAUCCCCGAGGUGAAGAUCCCAGAUGACCUGGCUGUGAAUGUUGCACGUUCCCUGAGAUAUGAGAUCAACAGGGGUUUUGCUACCUUGAGGGAGAUUGGCCAAGGCCAUGACCUCAAGAAAUUUCUGAUUGUGAUUGCAGGACUGUGGAUCCUUUCUGUUCUUGGGAGCUGCUGCAAUUUCCUCACCUUGUCUUACAUAGUUUUUAUGGUACUGUACACUGUACCGGUCCUGUAUGAGAAACAUGAGGAUAAGGUUGAUGCUUUUGGUGAGAAGGCCAUGGUCGAGCUGAAGAGGUACUACGCCAUCUUCGACGAGAAAUGCCUAUCAAAGAUUCCGAAGGGCCCAUUAAAAGACAAGAAGCAACAUUAGAAGCUUAGAAUCAGAUAAGGGUCUGCGGUGAUUUAUCAUCUCUUUUGACCAUUAUUCGUCGGUUUUGGUGGAUGGAUGUGAUUCCAUGUCUAAAUACCUGGACGUGCUCUAGUGUUUUAGUGUGGUCAGUAGCAAUGUUCUAAAUUAUCUGAGAUUACGCUGAAUCAUGUUCUGAAGUCCACGUUUAACGUUGCUCUCCCUAUCCUUUGGAAGUGGCAAUUUCCUCAAUGUCUGUAAUAUAUCUAGUCUAGUGCUAUUUCUUAAUCUGACCUAGCGUCAUGAUGAACCCUUCUUGGAUAUUUAUUUAUUUGUGCCACUGGACAUGGUAAUUAGAGAGCACGUAAAUUGUACAUUUGCCAUC